AUGACGGGCUUUAGCGAGAACGAGGGAGAGCAUUCCACAGCGGAGACGAGAUUCAACGAGAAGUAUACGACCAACCUAGCGAAUGUACACUACCUGGACUGCUACCUCGACAGCGGAAGUUUCCUAGUCCAUCAACGACUCGUCGCCCAAAAGAUCAAAGUGAUCGACUUGGAGACACGACCAGAUCUGGCUGGGCGAGUUGCGAUUCUCCAGCAAUCUUUGCCACAUCCCUACACCCAGGACAUCAUCGAGGCAAACUCCCUGGCUCAGGAAGCGGUGAAACAUGCGGAAGUGGGUGGCCCCAAUUGUCAUGAACUUCGUGAAGAGCGAGUUACCAUCAUGAAUGGCAUGGAGAAAAGGGACAAGUGGAACAUCCGAGGAGGGCAGGAUGAAGAAUGGUGUGGCCAAACCAUCUUCUACAAGAAGAGGAGCGAGAUCAAGAAUGAGGCGGUCAAGGACAAGUUCAUCCAGCCUGGAAAGCUUGCCAGUCAGGGCGGCUUCAUUACCUUCUUUUGCGACGCAAGAAUGGAGACCCAAGAGAAGGCUUACUCUAUCUCGAUAGUGAACUGGAAAAGUUUUCGCAUUAAGCAGUGCACAAUCAAUACUCUGUCGGCAGAGUGCCAAGCGAUGCUUCAUGGUGUUGGAGCACUACACUGGCUACGCUUUCUUAUCCAGGAGGUGGAGGUGCAUGAUAAGAGGAUCACUCUGGCCAACUGGGAAAACGCGCUCAGCCAAGUGCCCUGCCAUUGCCGUCACCGAUUCCAAAUCGCUCUACGACAUUACGACACCGUUAGCAAAUGCUGUAACACUGGUUCCCGCAUCGAGGACAAGAGGACGGCCACCGACCUCACCAUCCUCAAAAGAGAUUUUCCGAAGACCCAAGGACAAGUUCGCUGGAUUGAAGGUUCCCGCAUGAUCUCUGAUAGUCUGACCAAGAAGGUUGGUAGUUUCUUCUUGCGUAAUGUGAUGGUUUCUGGGAAAUGGUCCUUGUCAGACAAGGGGGUUCAGUAA